AUGACGGCUAACGGUCUGGCCCUGGCCCCGCACAAGUCUGAAUGCGUAGUCCUCACAAAGAAACAUUCAUUCCGUUCACCGCAGAUAUUCGUACAAGGUUUCCAGGUUCCGGUCAAGGGAAAUAUUAGAUAUCUUGGGGUGCAACUGGACACACGACUGUCAUUCGUCGCGCACGCCAGCACAGUUGCAGCUGGGGCAAAAAGAUCUGCAGUCGCCCUCGGGAGGUUGAUGACCAACGUUGGGGGACCAUCACAGUGCAAACGACAACUCCUCAUGAGCGUCAUGCACAGCCGGCUGUUGUACGGGGCCCAAGUCUGGGCGGACAGUGUCGUUGGAGUCAAGAAAUCCGAGGGACUGCUCCAGCAAGCGCAGAGAGUUGCAGCCCUGAGGAUCGCUAGAUGCUACAGAACAGUCUCCGACAUGUCGUCACUGGUGCUGGCUAGGCUCCCCCCAGCCCCCCUUCUGGCACUCGAACGCAGAAGAGCAUCUGAGCUCAGGAAGACGGGUGUAAGGUUCACCUCCGCCGAGCUACGCAGCGUGACAAUCCAGCUUUGGCAGGCUGAAUGGGAAAAAACCUCGAAGGCGUCCUGGACAAAGGCACUGAUUCCAGAUCUAAACAGAUGGUGGCACCAAGGACCGAGAUCAGUCACAUUCAACAUGUCCCAGGCUUUAACUGGGCACGGUUGUUUCCAGAAGUAUUUGUGCGACAGAGGCAAAGCAAUUUCCCCGGACUGCCCGCAUUGUUUCUCACUGAUGGACAAUGCACAACAUACAAUUUUUGAUUGCCCCCACUGGGAAAAUGCUAGAGAGGAGUUGAGGAGAUCCCUUGGUAGACCUCCGGGCCCUGAAGAUGUGCAGGAACUACUAUGUGGACCGAAAAUCGAGGAUCUUCCAGACGACCACGCAGUACGAACGAGAAUUAUGUCAAGCGCGGCGAGGAUGAAGGAGGAGUUCUGGAGGAUGGUCGAGAAUAUCAUGGAGGCCAAACAAGCAAUGGAGCGGGAUAGGCAAAGUCAGCCACGCCAAGAUUUAUUACACCAUAAUUAA